UAUGCAGGAUUCAUGGGAAAAACAAAUCCAAGUACAGAAAUGUAAAAAAUUUCAGAGGGAUCAGACUGACUAUGAAAAUCAAAGGGUUUAUAGAUGGAAAUACAUAACUAAAACCACACGUAAUAGAUCCUACUCUAUGUCUUCUACAAACUCAUAUGGAGGUGAAUCUGAUUCAUCAGCCUCUGGUAUCCAGAGAUUUGUCUCUCAAUCGCAGAAAAGAAAGAAGGACCAACAUGGAGGAUCUGAUAGACGUAGACGGUUUCAAAAUACAAGUCAAGCAGAAACAUCUAAAUCUGUUCUUAAGGUAAUUAAUCUGUCGGAUAUAACGCUUACAAAUACACAGUGUGAAGUACUGAGUUUGGGUUUGUCCUUUUCUCCAUCUUGCAGCAUUAAUACAUUUGAUACUAUAAAGGACCUACAUCUUUUUGCGAGAAAACUUAUUUUUAAGAAAAUGUUUCAUCCCCAAUCAUCAUCUGCUGUUUGCUCUACAAGAGAAGAUCUUCAUACCUUACAGAUGCUGGAGGAGCUGGCUGCGGAAAGUAACAUCUCUAAUGACAAGAAAUGGUUUCCAUCUACCCUGACUCCAAGAUCAUAUACGACGGACGCACUUCGCAGACUAGAAGGGAUUCACAUGGAUCCGGACAUGAUGGUGGUGACCUGUGACGUAGAAUCUCUAUAUACGUCGAUUCGACACACAGAUGGAAUGGAGGCAGUGAAGAGGUUCUUUCAGAUGUCAGAAUUUGAGGAAUCUAUAGAAAACCAACUUCUACAAAUGCCCUCCUUCAUGCCAACUCUUCCCAUCCAACCAAACUAAUACAGAGUAUUCCGACCGGGCAGUUCCUACGAAUUCGCCGGAUCUGCUCCACCAUGGAAACAUUUGAAUGUAGAGCCAAAGAAUUAAGUAUGAGAUUUAGAGAGCGAGGCUAUAACGAAAGAUGCAUCAGGAAGGCAUACAAACGGGCCAAAUAUACGAAUCGUGACCUUCUCCUCCAGACCAAACCCCCAAAAGGACGGGACAACCAGGCCUCACUUCAAGAGAAUUGAAGAGAAG